AUGUAUAUCUUCCUGAACAGCGAUGAUUACGAUGAUAUACCCAAGAAGUCACCAAAAAUUGCAAAACAUGACGAAUUCACAAAAGGUCGCAGGUUUCAUUUGGGCUUGAAGCUGGAUUCGGCCAGACGCUCAAAUCUGGUGUCUGAAGCAUAUGACUGUGAAGCAAUUGCCCUUCAUCUGGAGCACGAAACAAUGGAGGACCCUGAUACCGUUCGUUGUCUUACCCAUGCUGACGAACUGCACAACGCGUGCCUCAAGCUCCCAUUCUCAUCACGGACCACCACCUUGCCCAUGACGCGCGUUUUGCAGGUGCACAAGGAUGACGAUACCGCAGCGGUUCCCCAUCAAUCCCAGGCAAUGGCCACAGUUCCCGACGAAACAGUAUUCCAUCUCAAACAGACAAUAUGCAAGUCCUGGCUGCCAAAUGUUAUGGACAGAUUGGAUGACUACGAAGAGCCAUCAAACGAACUUCAAGCUGCUCUCAACUUUGACUCCCGGCAAGGCCCAGCUCUUAUACAAUCCGUCGCGAAGUUGUUUACCGGUUCGCUGGUCGUGGAUACCGCUAUAAUAUUCAUCAUUGUUGCUGAAGCUAACGGACGUUCAAAAGCGGUUGAUGUACACAGUGAAACAAGUCUUAAAUCGCAUCCGAUCAUUGCCAACGGCGUGUACUCAUAA